AUGGCCGUCACCGCAGCACCGAGGCCGCAUCCGCUGGCUCCACUCUCCGAGGCCGAGCACAUCAAAGCCCGGGAUGCCGUUGCUAAGCUUCACGGCGCCUCCGCGUCCAUCUUCUUCAGAGCAAUCCACGUCCAGGAGCCGAAAAAGGCAGAACUGCAGCCUUUCCUCGAGGCCGAGCACACGGGCACUCUGACAGAGGACACCAAGAGGCCGCCUAGAGAGGCCAUUGUUGAGCACGAUGUUAUCCGGGCUGAUCGCUCCGAGUACAUCGACGCCAUUGUCAACUUAGAUACCGGUGAAGUCAAGACAGUAGCUGCUCCGGUACCUUACCAGCCAUAUGUUACCCCUGGCGAGUUUGACCAUUUCAAUGAUGCCUGCGUCAACUCGGAUCUGUUCAAACAGGCCAUGUCUGAAUUCACCCUCCCAGAAGGCUUUGAAGUCUGCGUCGAGCCAUGGCCUUAUGGACCCCCCAAUGCCGAUGAGAAGGACAUUCCGCGACAGAUGCAGGGACUGGUCUACGCAAAGGACACACGCAACAAGAACCCCGACUCCAACCACUACGGCUACCCAAUUCCCAUCAUCCCCGUAAUGGAUUGGCAUACCAAGAAGCUCGUCAGGGUCGAGAGAAUCGCAACGGGCGGCAUUGGCGAUGAACUAGAGGCCAAGGCGCGAAGUGAGGAGCCUGUCAAGCUGUUCGAAAACCACAAGGGCUGCGAGUACGUCCCUGAGCUGUUGGACUAUCCUCUGAGAACGGACUUGAAGCCUAUCAACAUCACACAGCCCGAGGGCGCUUCCUUUACUAUUCACGACGAUGGUCUGAUUGAAUGGCAAAAGUGGCGAUUCCGCCUCGGAUUCACACCCCGUGAAGGUGCAGUCUUGCAUGAUCUUCACUACGACAACCGCUCUGUCAUGUACCGCCUCAGCUUCAGUGAGAUGACGGUCCCUUACGCUGACCCGCGACCUCCCUUCCACCGCAAACAGGCAUUUGACUUUGGUGACGGUGGCAUGGGACGAGCCGCGAACAACCUGGAGCUGGGAUGUGACUGUCUGGGCGCGAUUCACUAUAUCGACGUGGUCAACACCGAGCCCGAUGGCUCACCAUCUCCCGGAAAGGCUGUGGUCUGCCUGCACGAACAGGACAAUGGCAUCCUGUGGAAGCACACCAACUACCGCACCGGCCGAGCCGUUGUGACGCGCAACCGCGAGUUUGUGGUGCAGUUCAUCUGCACUCUGGCCAACUACGAGUACGUCCUGUGCUACAAGCUGGAUCUUGCCGGCUCCAUCACCUUUGAAACCCGCGCUACCGGCAUUGUCAGUGUCACUGGCAUCGACGAAGGCAAGGUCAGUGCCUACGGCAACGUCAUGACGCCAGGUGUCUUGGCGCAAAACCACCAGCACGUCUUCGCCGUGCGCAUCGACCCGGCCAUUGACUCAUACGACGGUGCCGACUCACAGGUCAUCGUUGAGGAGUCUCACGGGCAAAAGAUUGACCCCAAGACCAACCCUUAUGGCAACUUUUACAAGAUUCAACGUGAAAAGGUCGAAAAGGCUACCUGGGUCGAUGCUGAGCCACGCCUCAACCGACUGAUUAAGCUGGAAAACGCCAACAAGAAGAACCCCAUCUCAGGAAAGAACCUUGGCUACAAGGUCAUGGCACCAGUGACUCAGAUGCUGCUGUGCGACCCUGAAGGCUUGGCCGCCCAGCGAGCGCAGUUUGCUCAGCACAAUGCCUGGGUUACCGGUUACCGAGAUGGCGAGCUGUGGGCCGCAGGAGAGUUUACCAACCAGAAUCGAGAGGCCAACGGGGCGACGAAUGGCGAUGCGGCGGACAAGGGCAAGAGGAGCAGCCCUGUUGUGUGGAGCGUGUUUGGCUUGACACACAACCCCCGUGUUGAGGACUGGCCCGUCAUGCCAGUUGAGACUUUCCAGAUUCACAUCAAGCCUACCGACUUCUUCACCGCCAACCCUGCGAUGGAUGUCCCCUCUACCAAAAAUGACGCCAGCGUUCUCUUGGGAGGAUCAUGCUGCACCACAUCUAGCGACAAGAACAAGUCCGGAGUGCAAAACAACCCGCUGACGCACCAGCAGGGAAGUGCGGCCACCAUCGACGCCAAGGCGGCGGGAGCAAAUGUUGAUGAGAAGCUGAGCAAGAGGCUAAGCAAGACGUUUAACGGAUUGUUUGGGUCCAAGAAGGAGGAGGUGAACUAA